AUGACCAUCUCAAGAAGAGUACUAAAAAAGCCCCUUUCUCCUCCCUUACACCACCUCUCCACCACCACCACCCCCACCACCACCACCCCUCCAUGGUUCACCCCACCCCCACCCCCACCUCACCAACAUCAAGAUUCAUCAGACCCAAUACUCAAUACCCUUUCAGAAGCCACAAAAAACUCUCACAUUAAACCCCUUAAAACUUCCCUUAAAACCCUCCUCCCAUCUCUUAAACCCCAACACAUAAUCAACCUCAUUAACCUUAAUCCUCAUUCUUUAACCCCUUCUUCUCUCCUUUCUUUCUUCACAUGGCUUUCUUCUACUUCUCACAAUUCAAAAUAUUGCCACACACUUCACACUUAUUGCACUAUGGCCCUUUUUCUUUACACCCACAAAAUGAAUUCACAAGCUUACUCUUUUAUCCACACUAUUGUUUCAAGAAGAGGUAAAGACUCUGCCUUUACUGUUUUUCAAGCAAUCUUGAAAGCUAAAGGUACCAACUUUACAUCUUUUGUGAAUGUUUUAAAUGGACUUAUUGCUGCUUAUUUGGAUUUGGGGUUUGUUUCUGAUGCUAUUCAGUGCUUUAGGCUUAUCCAAAAACAUAAAAUUAGGUUCCCAUUUCAAGGUUGUACUAAGGUUCUUGAAUAUUUAAUGAAGCUUAAUUCACCAAUGGUAGCUUUUGAUUUUUAUAAGGAGAUUUUGGAAUAUGGGUAUCCUCCAAGUUUGUAUUUUUUUAAUGUUUUGAUGAGUAAGUUGUGUAAGGAAGGUAAAAUGGUGGAAGCACGGUCGGUGUUUACGGAGAUGUGGAAGAGGAAUUUGAGACCUAGUGUUGUUAGUUUCAAUACUUUGAUAAAUGGGUAUUGUAGAUUAGGUGAUAUUGAUGCAGGGUAUAGGUUAAAAAGAGAAAUGGAGGAAAGAGGAAUUUUGCCCGAUGUUUAUACUUAUAGUGCUCUGAUCAACGGGCUUUGCAAGACCUUUUGGAUGAGGGACGCGAACGAGAUGUUUAAUGAGAUGUGUGUAAAAGGGUUGGUUCCGAAUGUUGUUAUAUUCACGACUUUGAUUAAUGGCCAUUGCAAGGAUGGUAGCAUCGUUUUGGCCAUGGAUGCUUAUCAACAGAUGCUGACGCAAGAGGUGGAACCGGAUUUGAUUACAUAUAACACACUUGUCAAUGGACUUUGUAAGAGUGGGGAUUUAGGGGAAGCGAGGAAGCUCAUUCAUGUAAUGAUUGAAAAGGGUUUGAAGCCUGAUAAGAUCACAUACACGACGGUUAUUGGUGGAUGUUGUGCAGAGGGAGAUUUAGAUGGAGCAUUUGAGAUCAAGAAAAUGAUGUUUGAUAAUGACAUUGAACUAGAUGAUGUAGCAUAUACAGCUCUUAUCACAGGUUUGUGUCGGCAAGGGCGAAUGGUUGAUGCUGAGAGGAUUUUAACUGAAAUGUUGAAUGCUGGUUUAAAGCCUGAUGACCCUAUUUAUACUAUGGUAAUCGAUGGUUUUUCCAAGAAGGGAGAUGUUAAGAUGGGUUUUAAGUUGCUAAGGCAGAUGCAAAGUAAUGGACAUGCGCCUAAUGUUAUAACUUACAAUGCUCUUUUAAAUGGUCUAUGCAGACAAGGACAGAUGAGAAAUGCUGAAAUGUUAUUACAAGCCAUGCUUAAUCUUGGUUUGAAUCCAGAUGACAUUACCUAUAACAUACUGUUGGAUGGGCAUUGCAAGUAUGGAAAUCCUGAUGAUUUUGAUAAGCUACGUGGUGAAAUGGGGCUUGUUCAUGAUUAUGCUACUUAUACUUCACUAAUUGGUAGCUUAAGUAGGAGCUCGAAACGUCAGGCCAGGAAGUGAUGCAUUUAAUAGGAGCACCCAAGACUACCAUCUUAACUGCCUUUUAGUAGGUGGAUUUCAUUCCAUAAGUUAAUUACCCUGUGAAUAAUGAUCAUUGGAGUGAUGCAAGAUGUUAUCCAAAUAGUAUUGAAUGGAUCGGCGGAUGUUUCUCCUGGAUUGUGAAUGAUGCUGUAAGAUGGAUUCCAACUAAUGCAAUCUUGGUAUACAUUGAGAUGAUGUUAGGUUUUGAUGGCUUGUGAUGUCCUGUGGUAUCCAGUGUAUUGCCUUUCAUUCUUUGAGGAAUUUUUGAAUUGCAAUCUCAACAUGUCAGUGCGCUUCCCUCAGGACAUGUGAAAAGUGUCUCACAGAUACCUAUUCUUAAACCAGUCCAUCAAAAUUGCAGUGUGCAUACGCCAGUGAUGAAAAGCGAUCUGUUUCUCUGCAAUUUGAAAAUGCCUAAAAAUCUACUAGAGGAAGCAAGUAUAUCAUUUUUCAGCCUCGAGGAUCUAUCAUAUGCCAUGGAAAUUACAAACAGAACAUGAGUAAGCUUCAGAUGUGUGACAUUCAAUGAUGACCUAUGCCAAGUUCAACAGCUUUGUUGAAAAUGCAAGUUCAGGCUCAGAGAUAGAAACAGAUUUCGGGUAUCCUUGUCUCACUCCUAAGCUGAUAAACGUACAGAGACCUAAUCCGAGCUGUCUUUCCAUUUGCAAUGUUAUCUAAAUAUGCACAGGGAAAACAGUUCCAGGUGUUUGUAUUUCAUCAGUUAGUUUAAGUGGGGUUCGGCAGGGCGGCUCUUUGACGCAUAGUAGCUGCAAGAAAAAUAGGGCUGUUUCGAUUUUUGACUGACAAGUGCAGAUGAAACACUUUUGAAUAAGUAUGUGUACAUGCAAAAGAAAACUCAGCCUGUAGUCAAAAUUUACAUAAAGAAGGGAGAAUUAUUUCAAAGUGGUUCACGUAGCUUAGCUGGACUGAAAAUCCUUGUGUGGUUCGAAACUACAUCCACUUUACAGCAAAGAAAGAGAAUAUGGGGUAGAGAAAUUAAUCAAUUCAUCAGGCUCAUCAUCCGAAGAUUGCAAGUUCUAAUCCUGUCCCUGCCGAAUCAGUGGAACAUUGUUCACUAGGAUAGAAGGCGGGUAAUGCCAAUUGACAAAGUGAUGUUAAGCAUCCCUAUUGGUACGAAAAGAGGGGCCGUGAUAAUAUCAUCUACGUACUGCUCUUCGUUAAGUAGAUUCGAUAAGACUUGAUUCGCUCCUAGCCACUCCGGGGUACCAUAGCAUGUCGAAAAUAAGGGGGGAGAUACUCGAUGUGACCACUCCCUUUGUUGGGGGAUUGCCGCCCUGCUCUUUGAGUUUUGACUUGCAAGUAUCCGUUGGUUCACUACUUCUUAACGUGUCUAUACAAUUUAUGUAAAAUCGUGUGUACGCCAUUGGUCGAAUCAUUCUUUUAUAUCUUCUCAAUUGGUCUAGCUAUCUCAAGUUUCGUAGUUUUUUGAGAGCAAAUGGUUGAAUUAUAACUCAUUGCGCUCUAAUUUGAUGAAAUGGAAGACCGUCUAGACCAAAUUACUAAA